CCUACUCACGCCAAAUACUCAAGGACAUGGCUGAAGCGAUGGCAAGUAACCAGGACAUUUUCAUGUGUCCCGUUUGUUUAGAUCUUAUGAAGCAUCCUGUGACUCUCAACUGUGGACACAAUUUCUGUUUGGAUUGUAUUGGGGCUUGUUGGGAUAAGGAAGACGAGAAGGGAGUUUACAGCUGCCCCCAGUGCAGAGAGACUUUCACUCCAAGACCCGUGUUGAAGAAGAAUCAUGUUUUCUCUGAGCUCGUGGAUCAAAUGAGGAAGAGCAGAAUUCAAACUGCAGCACCUGUUGAAUGUGCUGCUGGACCUGGAGAUGUGGCCUGUGACGUCUGCACCAGUAGAAAACUCAAAGCUGUCAAAUCCUGUCUGGAGUGUUUGGUAUCCUACUGUGACACUCAUUUGAGAGUUCAUGAUGAAGCUAUCCCAGGUAGAAAUCACACCAUGAUCGAUGCCACAGGCCAGCUACAGGAGAGGAUCUGCCCCCGUCAUAAGAAGGUUUUUGAGAUAUUCUGUCGCACCGACCAGAGUUGCAUCUGUUAUCUGUGUAUGGUGGACGAUCAUAAAGGCCAUGACACGAUCACGGCUACAGCAGAGUGGAGUCAUAAAAAGGAUGGUUUGGGUAACAGCCAGAGGAGAUGCCAGCAGAUAAUCCAGUUGAAGGAGAAGGAGCUGCAGGAGCUGAGGAAGGCUGUGAAGACUCUCAAGUCUGGUGCACAGACAGCAGUGGAGGAGAGUGAGAGGAUGUUUACUGAGAUGAUCCGCUCCAUUGAGAGAAGGUGCUCUGAGGUGACAGAGCUGAUCAGAGCUCAGGAGAAGGCUGAGGUGAGUCGAGCUGAAGGACUCCUGAAGCGACUGGAGAAGGAGAUUGCUGAGCUGAAGAGGAGAGAUGCUGAGAUGAAGCAGCUUUCACUGACACAGGAUGCCAUCCAUUUCCUGAAGAACAUUGUGUCCAUCACUGGGAGGCCUUACAGCACAAUUUCAACCAGCGUGACCUUCAGCCAAAGCUUCUCCUUGGAGCCCCUGAAGAAAUCUGUGUCUGCACUGAAGACGCAGCUGGAGGAGAAAUUGGAUUCAAUCUUCAAGCAGGAAAUAGUCAAGAUAUCUGCAGCAGGAGGAAUAGACAGAGAAUAUAAUAGAGUAAACAUGGCUGCACAUGCUGAAAAGAAGAAUGAAGAAAGCAAAAUAAUGACUUUCCCAUGUUUUUCUGGAACGAAAAAGAAAACCAGGACCUGGGAGGACAUCCUUGAGGUGAUUGCAAAUGCAAAACGUGCAUCCAAUGGGCGAGACCCACUGCAACACAGUGCCAGAAACCAGCAUGGGUUUUGGGGAAUGGUAUGCAAACACCUUGCAAUUGCAAAUACGGAGACCACACGGAAGAAAAUCAAUCAGGCUUACAGGCGCCACAUGAAGAAACAGCAGGCAGUGGACCAACAAGAGCAAGAGCCGCCAAUGUCUGAUGAUGCUGCUGCUGAGUACCAUGUGGAGGGGUUGGGGCAGAACCAGUGGAGAUGCCAGCAGAUGAUCCAGUUGAAGGAGAAGGAGCUGCAGGAGCUGAGGAAGGCUGUGGAGACGCUCAAGUCUGGUGCACAGACAGCCGUGAAGGAGAGUGAGAAGAUGUUUACUGACAUGAUCCGCUCCAUUGAGAGAAGGCGCUCUGAGGUGACAGAGCUGAUCAGAGCUCAGGAGAAGGCUGAGGUGAGUUGGGCUGAAGGACUCCUGAAGCGACUGGAGCAGGAGAUUGCUGAGCUGAAGAGGACAGAUGCUGAGAUGAAUCAGCUUUCACUGAUAGAAGAUCCCAUCCAUUUCCUCAAGAACAUUGUGUCCAUCACUGGGAGGCCUUACAGCACAAUUUCAACCAGCGUGACCUUAUACCAAAAUCUCUCCUUGGAGCCCCUGAAGGAAUCUGUGUCUGCACUGAAGAUGCAGCUGGAGCAUAAAUUUGAUUCAGUAUCUGCUGCAGCGAAGAAAAAUAUCCAAAUCGUCAAGAACAUACAGUUGUCUGAUGGCCAGGCUCUCAUUGCUGAACCAGUGACCAGAGAGGACUUCCUAAAGUAUUCCUGUCACUUCACUCUGGAUCCAAACACAGCAAACACAUGUCUCCAUCUGUCUGAGGGGGACAGGAGGGUGGAGGACAGACCUGAGAAACUGCCAUAUCCUGAUCAUCCAGACAGAUUUGAUUGCAAUAAUCAGGUGCUGUGUAGAGAGGGUGUGUCUGCACGCUGCUACUGGGAGGUUGAGUGGAGUGGAGAGGUUGAUCUAGCAGUGUCAUAUAAAAGCAUCAGCAGGAAAGGAGAUGGUGAUGAGUGUGGGUUUGGAUGUAAUGAUCAGUCCUGGUGUCUGGACUAUUCUAGCUCCAGCUCCUCUUUCUGGCACCAUGCUGAAGAGACUAAACUCCCUCUAGUGGCCAGCUCCAGAAUAGGAGUGUAUGUGGAUCACAGGGCAGGAACUCUGGCCUUCUACAGCAUCUCUGGAGAUACAAUGACCCUCCUGCACAGAGUCCACACCACAUUCACACACCCUCUCUACCCUGGGUUUGGGUUAGAUGAUGAAUCAUCAGUGAAGCUGUUGUGAGGCCCAUACAGGCAAACGCUGCUUCUGUACUCUGAAAGUUAAUAUAGCCUAUAGAGUGUCAACACUUGGGAAUACAUAGUUAUAUAUAUACAUCUGUACCUCUCUCUCUCUCUCUCUCUCUCUCUCUCUCACUCUCUCUCUCUCUCUCUCUCUCUCUCUCUCUCUCUCUCUCUCUCUCUCUCUCCUCACCCAUCAUUGCAUUCUGGGUAAUCCACAAACUCCCUAGAGCUCAGACUAGAUUGAUGUCUCCCUCUGACUUCAUUCAGAAUAAAGCUGAAUAAAGUCCAAAUGUUCAUAACCAAACCUAGUGUCUUUGGUCUUGUCAUUCAUAAUGUAAACUGGGGGUGGGGGGGUUGUCAGUCCUGAGGUUAGCCCAAUCCUGAGGACUUGAAGCUACAAUACUGUAAUUAUUUAUGCACAGGAUAAAUUGGGGUUUGCGAUUUGUUACAUUUGCUGUGCGAUGUGCGAUGUGUUGCAUAUUAUGCAGAGUUUAAAUUGUAAUUUGCGAUGUGUUAUAACAUCCCU